AUGGCCAAGGAACUGUACAAAUAUUUGAUUAAUUAUUUCUCUCAGUUGGAGAAAGUAGAUUGUAAAUGGAAGGAGUUAUCUGAAGAAGCCAAACGACCCCUACAUGCUUUGAAGAAUCAAUCAGAGCAACUCCGGCUUGUUAUAAGCGAGGAAGUCAAUGAUGCAGAACUCUGCAAGAUAGACGAGCUACGUGAGAGAUUAAUUUUUAAAAUCCUUAUGGGAAUUGACGACGAACUUGGAUUACUUUUGGACAUCUUAAUGCGUUUCAAUAAUACUAAUCAAGACCUGAAAAAUCGUUUAAAAAAUCUGGAAGAUGCACGAAGCAAAGUUUCAUUAAACGACGAAACAAUAAAGGAAUUAAUCGAUGGUACACCUUAUACACCAAGAUUAAAUUUGCUCCUAGAAUGGGCUACUGAAGCUUUCAAUUACUACCAUGAAUUAUAUCUUCAAAUCCAGGGAAACAUGAAAAAAUUUAAUUAUAAAGACGAGGAAACGAUAGAAAAUUUAACGAAGUCUUUUGUUGAGGACAGGUUUAAAAGGGCGCGGAUCGAUCGAAUACUCGCCUUCACACAAUUCAUGAUACAGUAA